ACAGACCCUGCAGGGGACAGAGUCCCGACCGGGAGACUUCCACACAGGUGGCGGCGGACGGCGGCUGUCGCGGGGUCGAUGCAGGUUUGAUUCGCUCGGUAACCGGAGCAGCGAGCCGCCGGAGGCCGGAGGCCGGAGCCCGGAGCCCGGAGCCCCGUCUCCCGCGAUGCUCUGAGCCUGUUAUGAAGGAACGAUGGAAGACAGCGAUGCGGAGGACAACGUGGAGACACCUGAGCUGCCCGUGGAGAUCAUCGUUUACAUCCUGAGUUUUCUCCACGCCGCAGACAGGAAGGAGGCCUCGCUGGUCUGCCGCAGCUGGUACUACGCCAGCCAGGACCUGCGCUUCCAGAAGAACGCCGUCUUCUGCUUCCCGGCCUCGGCCUCGUCUCUGGAGCUGGUUCGCAGCCUGAGCAGCAAGUCGCGCUGCAGCCUCGUCAUCAGCCAGCUGGAUGGCUUCAGUAUUUCCCGAUCGUUGCUUUUGGAGGUGGGUGUGUGUCUGGGCCCUAAACUGGAGAGCCUGGCCCUCCCCGGCAGCAGCCUGACGGAGGCGUCGCUGCUGAGCCUCCUCCCUCGCCUCACCUCGCUGCGCAGGCUGGACCUCCGGGGCCUGGACAGCCUCUUCAUGUCCGGAGCCUUCCUGUCCCGGGAGGAGCACAGGCAGCAGGUCAGGUCGGCUCUGUGCAGCCUGGAGGAGCUGGACCUGUCCGACCUGCGCUACCUCUCCGACCUCACCUUCAACCGGCUCACCGGCUGCACGCCGCGCCUCCGCCGCCUCUCGCUGUCCGGCUGCCAUAUCGCUUUCGAGUUCGACCCCUACCGAGGCUGCCCGGUGGGGGCCGUCCAGGACUCCUCGGCGCUGCUGUCGCUCAGGAACCUGAGACGGCUGCUGGCGGAGCAGAAAUCCACCCUGGUGGCUCUGGACCUCAGCAGGACCUCCAUCACCCCCGAGUCGCUGCGGACUAUUGCUCAGGUCCCGGGUUUGGUGCUGGAGGAGCUGCUCCUGCAGGGCUGUAAGGAGCUGAGCGACUACUCGGUGGAGGUUCUGGUGAAGCAUCAGCCGGGCCUGCACACGCUGGACAUCAGCGGCUGCACCGAGCUGACCAGCAGGUCUGUGGAGGCCAUCGCGCGAGGCCUGAAGUCCCUGACGCACCUCUUCCUGUCCCGGGACUGGAGGAUCACUGAAAAAGGCCUGGCCGACCUGCUCUCGGUCUCGUCUCUGAGGACUCUGGAUCUAUCCGAGUGUUUACACAUCAAUGGCACGGAGAUCGUGAAAGGCCUGAAGGCGUCCGGCACGGCCAGAGCCCGACUGGAGGCUCUCAACCUGAAGAGCUGCACCUACAUUCAAGAUCUGGCCGUCUUCUCCCUCACUCAGCUCCUCGCCGACUCUCUCCGGGAGCUGGAUCUGACCUCCUGCCUCAACGUGACGGACGUGUCGGUGCGCGCCGUCGCCACCUACCUGCAGAAGCUGGUGGUGCUGCGGCUGGCCUGGUGCAAAGAGGUGACGGACUGGGGUCUGCUGGGGAUGGUGCACACCGACGAGUGCGAGCCUGACGAGGAGCUGGGAGACAAAGGUCCCAAGUUCACCCGGACCUUCGGGAACAUGGGCUUCUUCAAGCCUCCUCGGAUGCCCUUCGAGGAGCGGCCCAAGCUGGUGACGCAGACCGACCUGGAGCAGUUCCAGCAGCAGGCCGGGGCCUCGCUGCUCGCUCUGGCCCGGCUGCAGGAGCUGGACCUGACCGGCUGCGCCAAACUGACCGACAGCAGCAUCACACAGGUGGUGCGUUUCCCGGACCUCCGCCGUCUGUCUCUGUCCAUGCUGCCGGAGAUCAGCGACGCCAGCCUGGCGACGGUGGCCUGGCGCUGCCGCGGCCUCACCAGCCUGGCGCUCAGCCACUGCCCGGGCGUCAGCGACCGAGGCGUGGCUCAGGCUGCGCAGCACCUCCAGCGACUGCAGCAUCUCUACCUCUCCGGCUGCGACAACAUCACGGACAGAUGCCUGUUCGUCCUGGUGCAGCACUGCAGGCGUCUGAAGACGCUCGACGUGUCAAGGUGCAAAAACAUCUCGCCAACAACAGUCGACCUCCUCCAAUCACAGCUGCCCUUCCUGGAAAGCGUCCACUGCAGACCGGUCAACGGGACGGACCUCCCGCUCUGAACAUUCCGGGUCAUUCCGAACCAAAGCCUGCUCUGUGAGUCCAGCUUUACGGACACUUUGUUUUUGCACUUGAACUGAAGGGAGCGCGGAGCGGCAGCGUGACGAAAACGACCCUCCAGCCUCUGUCCUGCGGGAGGCGGGGACCGGCGGGGACCGGCGGGGACCGGCGGGGACCGGCGGGGACCGGCGGGGACCGGCGGAGCCCCGGAGCAGGGAUGAAUGUAUUGUUUAUGUGGUGCAUCACCAUUUAGACUGCAGACUUAUUUGAAGGAAACAAAUAAUAAUUGAAUAUUUAGACUAUUAUAAUGUUAUGCACAAGCCAGAGUUCAGAGUUAAAGUUAACUCUUUAAAGUUUGUAUAGCAACUUUAUUGUGUAACAAUCUAUUUUUUGUUUUUUUUUUGUUUUUGUAAUUUACAUGGUAGGAAUUACCACAAAUGAUCACUAAUUGAGGAAACUAUCUCAAUGACAGCUUUUAUUUCUCACUAAUAUCUUCUUUUAAUGAAAGAACACCAGAAUUUCUUCAUCCAAAACAGAGAUGUCUAAACUUUGGUUUUUAUGAUGGGUAGAAAAUUGUGUUGUAGUUCAGAGUUAAGACUCUGGGUGGCGCUUGGACAGGUACAAUUCUGAACAAAAUGAGGCUCUUGAUGCAGUGAAGCCAGUUUGGAGCAGCAGCCAGCUGUACCUGUUCAGACAGGCAAUAAAAUGUAUUCCCACAGCCUAAAAGUCAAUAUUAGCUUUAUUCAGUUUGCGCAACCUCGCCUGUUUUGGGAAUGAGACCUGAAGAAAAUACAGUGUAAAAUGAAAGUCAAUAGGUUUUUGUUGCUGACUGAGUUUCUAAGCAGGUACAGCUGCCGCUCACUGCUGAAAACUUCCAACAAUCCUAUCUAUUGCGUUAUUAUUUUAAAUUAAGUUUUAAUCAACCUUUAAGGCAGAAGGAUCCUCAGGAUGAUGCUGAAGUUUGCUUUCAAGCAGGAGUGUCAACCUCACAUCUGAGCCUUUUGAUCCGUCUUGGCUUAGUAAAAUCAUAACUUGACGAAACCUUUUCUCCUCGGUGCAUUUCUAAGUUUUUCGCUGGAUUUCUUUCCAGAUUCGAGCCCCAAACUUGACCCAAUCAGAGACUAACGUUGGGGAAAAAAAAAACAUCUCACUUCUCAGUCUGCGUGAUUUCUGCAGCCUUCAGCUUCCACCUUUUCUAUUUGCAAGAA